GAGAUUCGUAAGUGCUCCACAUCGUAUGAGAAAGAGACUUCCUGACAAAAAAAAGGACACAUUUCCUAGGUGGGAUGCCAAGAAACAUGGUGUCAGACUUCUCAGGGAUGGGCUAUGAAAUUCCUUCUGAGGUCCAGUUUGGAAACUUUGAAAAAACACAUCAUCUUGAGAGUGGGAAAAGUUGCCCAGGUCGAAAAUACCCAUCUUUGGAUGAAGACGAACGCUUGAGAGAUCUCACGCACGAAGAAAAGGAUGUCCUGCUUUUUUUCGAGGAAACGAUUGGUUCCUUGGACGAUGAGGAUGAGGAGGAACAAGCCUUGCAUGACAGCGGCGUCUUCUGCCAUUCCCCAAAGCUGGUGGAAGAAGAUACCCCGGACCAUUUAGGAUCGGAAGGGCUCAUAGACUCCGUCCCGUCAGCUCCAAGAGAGAACAGCGCAGAACCAGUAUCAGAGGACACUUGGAAACUGGAUGAGCCAAAGCUGGAGGAUGCUGAACCAUCAGUGGAAGACAUCCAUGUUAAUCCAGUUUCUCUUCAGCCAACACUGCCUUCAGCACCCCCAUUGCCGGUCUGUGAGAUGUAUCCUGUUCAACCUGCUGUAUUUCAUCCAAAGCUCCUUCUCUCCAUCCCCACACCACUUCUGAUGGCCGAGAAAUUGUCUGAGCAGCUGGCGGAAGGCAGUUCUUCCUCGCUUCCUUCUCCGAAGGAAAGGAACCCCAGCGAGAGGAGGACCAUCCCCGCUUCCACCACCCUCUGCAGUAGGGAGCAGGUCAAGCCUUGUGCCCCGCCUCCGACUGCUCCCAAACCCCAGAGAUUCCCGAGCAACAUCAGCUUCACCAACACCAGUGAGCGGGAAUUCAGCAGAAUCAUCUCCAAGGCGGCCGUCAACGUUCAAGAGCGCAAGGCUCAAGUGUUGGCCAACGUCAACGUCAAGGUCAACGCUUCGGCCUUGCUAAUAAAUGAGUUGGAGGAAAGACUGCAGAAGCGUGGGCUCCUGGCUCCCAGCCAGAGCUCGCCCUUAGGAGAUUUACCUUCUGAGUCCACAGGCUACGAACCCUCGAGUAGUUUAACGCUCAUUGAGAAGACUCUUGCUCGGGCCCACCUUUUCCACCCUAUCAACGUCCCCUCCACAAAGGACGGGAGGCCCGAAGAAGGACACGGCGCACCAAAUGGCUAUCAAAACAUCCAUGAAAUCAUGAAAAGGGAUCCUGAUCUGUUACCCACCCUGAACAAAACAAUGAUUUCCAAGCCAGAGGCUGACCUUGUGGAUGGCAAGUCUGCUCGGCCAAGUAUUUCUGGAGAACCCCAACAAGACCUCAUCCUUGACUUACAGAGAAGGUUCAGCUCAUUGCCCAAGCCUGCAGGACUCCAUUCGAAGGGUAUCACAGUACAAUUUUCCGGACGUGGAUCAACAGAAGAAGCCCGGAGAGAGGCUCUACGAAAACUGGGACUUCUGAAAGAAUAGUGGAAUGGGAAUGACAUCUAAAGAACAUGAUGCGCCCGAAGACAGAUUCCCAAUGAAAUCCAUUCUUUAUUUAUCGUGCAGGCUAAGGAAAUAUUAAGUGAUGGAACUCCACGGUUCUCUGCUGGCGUUUGCGGUGGAGGCCCUUGACGUGAACUCACAGUGCUUCUUGAAGACUUCAAGGCAGUUCAUAAAAGCCCUUGUGAAAGUGAGAGUGUCAGGCUAAAUGAAGGUCAACGGGCAGCUUGUGUGUAAGCCAUCUAUGUGUGUCACUGGCAAAGCACCAUCGGAAUCGCUUGGAUAAAACCCAGAAAAUCCCAAGAGGCCCAAAGAAGCUUCUUGGAUGAGAAGCGAAACGUCAUCAAAGAAAAACAAGAAAGUCCAGUUGCCUCAUGAAAAAAGCAUCUUUGGGUCCCAAGAGGGCUGCAUUAAGGAAUUCUGUAAGGAUAAAUGUAUAUAUUCACACCUAUUGGACAGCUCAAACUUGUAAUAAACUUGCUAUCUCUUGAUUGUCACAUAAGUAUUUAAUACCGCACUGCAGAUUGUUCCUUUUGCAGAGUGACUGGGUAGCCAUCUUUUUCGGGAUGGUUGAUAACCCAAAAAGUAUCGGAUCUUCUGGAUUGUACAACAGGUCCUAUUGCUGUUGAAAAUCAGUUGUGUAAAAAUGAGGGGGGACCCCCAAUAUGUCAUAAGUCUGGGUUGCACUGUUCUGACCUCCAAGGCAUCAUGUUGAAGCGUAUGUUGACCUGCUCUUUCCUCUACCGUCUCUAACACGCUACCUGUAUUAAGGUAGCAUAUCUCAACCAGGCUGCCUUCCAGAUGCCUUGGGAGCUGAAAUCC